AUGGCCGGCGUAUAUACGAUGUUGGCAGUUCGCCGGCUGUUCAGUAAAAAUAUCGUUUUAAGACAUUUGAAUGCUACUAAAUCUGUUUCGUGUUCAAGUGCCAGAUGUAUUUCAACAGUUGAAGGCGCCCAGAAAACUUACAAACCAAAUUUGGCUCUCCGUGUUUCUGAUGAAAAUGACUUGACUGAUAUAGAUAGGUUUCUGCGCAAACAAAGAAUUAAGGGUGCUUUGUACAGCCGCGACGAAAAUGAGCAGGCUACAGAACGUUUUUGGAGUCGGAUUCUAAAAGCUGGGGAUAUGGACUUGGUCGAAAGAUAUCUAAAUAUGAGAGUCAAAUUAGGACUUCAUAAUGACCCGGAAAAGGUUUUAAAAGAUAUGCAAGAUGCUGGAUUGACGCCUAACUCCUGGAUAUACGCCUCCUUUAUAUCUCAAAGUUGUGCUGUCGGAGAUAUGAAUCAAACAAACUUAUGUUUGCGUAUGCUCCGAGAUGCUGGAUACAAGCCCAAUCGUUAUAUUUUUUCCCAGAUUUUACACGGUUACGUGAAAGCCGGACUACCUGAGGAAGUUUCUUCUACGCAGGAGUUACUAUCUCAAAUAGGUCUGUGGCCAUCAAAGUUUGCAUAUGAAGGCCUUUUGUCCGCUUACGCUGAUAUUGGUGAUAAAGACAGUUUAUUACGAACUCUAGAUGAGGCUUACGCUGUACUCCCUUCAAUAGAUGACAAAACAGCAUCCCGUGAAAUCUCACCUAUUUUACUCUUGGAUCUGUACACAAGAUUAGUGUGUUCGUUGGGAUAUACCGAUGCAACGUGCAGUGAGAUUACAACAAAAUUACUAACAACAGAUUACUUUCCGUUGGAGUUUGCUACUGACACUGUCAAAGUACUCUUAGCAAAGGGACGCCCAGCUGCUGCUCUGGAAAUUUUCAAAAUAAUGCAUAAGUAUCAAAAACAAAAUGAUCAUCUAUCUGCAUUUCCGGUUUAUGCUGCUGCUGGUGGUUUGGAUUACAAGGCACUAGAACCUUUCUGGCAUACAGCUAAUGUGGAUAGUAAAGAGCUAUUUAUGCUUAGAAAUAAAUGUAAAUUAUAUUUCCAUCGGACUGGUAAAACAAACAGUAAAUUGGGCGAUCAAUUUCAAACCUGUCUUGAAGAGAGCGACGUACAAGGCGCUCUUGAUUUAUUGAAGAAUCUAAAUAAAACGAACAUUACAUUAGCGUAUUCAUUGUUUCUACCAAAAUUGAACCGCUCGGGGUUUUCUUUACAGGACUUAAUCAAUCAAACUCAAGAUCAUGAGAUUAAUAAGGCUUUAGUGUUUGGAUAUGUGUUUAAUACUCUAGCAUCAAUACAAUCAACAGAUGAUUUAAAUUCACGUUUAACUAGCUGUUUGGAAUUGGUGAAUGAGUAUCGCGCUAAGGAAUUACUACCGUACAAUGAUGUUGUUCGUUUGGGCAACGCUAUUGUAGUUAAACUGGUGACAAAUAUAAUAUCCGUUUCAGAUAUGGCAGAAAUUGCAAAGUUGAAUAAAUCAACCGUAAUGCAUGACGUUUUCCGCAUUUUCAGCCAUACACUAACAAAACGUUCGUUACGUAUGCUGUACUUGCAAGUCUUCGAAGCUUUGAUGUUAUCCAACCUUCGUUCAUUUCAUGGCAUCCCAAAAAAUACUGUAAUUCACCUUGUAGCUGAUGUAUGCGCUCAUCAAAAUGUCACGUUUGGUUAUGGUGAUUGGAUAUUAUCAGGAUUGAAAGAUGCCGGUGUACCAAGGCACAUUAUGGCGAAACUUUCUUCUGAUCAAUCUGUGGAACUAUCUUCGUUUUCAGAUCUUAGCGUUGUGCUUUUUGGCGGGCAAACGAGCAAUGCAGUCAGAAGAAACAAAAAUGAAGAUUCAUUAGCUAAUCAGAUGAAGUUGCCUUCUGAAGAAUCAGUACCAAUUGCCGCCGAAUCACUUGUUAAAGCACUAAAAGAUGAUCCUAAAAAAUUGGAAACGGAAUUAAAAUCUAUUGAAGCUUUAUGGAGUUUACAAAAGAAAUUCAUUUUAUUGAGCUAUCUCGUAAAUCUUGGAUCAAAAGAUCUGGUUGAACGUGUGUUACAAUUUUUGCCUGAAGAACAAAGAAAACAACGUGAACCAAUGAAAUCACUUGCACAUAUAAUAAAGUUAUCCUUAGAAAAUGAUACGGAAAAAGAAUCAUCUUCAGAAAUUGUGAAACAAUCGAUUCAAAAUUUACAAAAUCUUUCACCUAAAGAUUUAUACUCUACAAUGAGGGGUCCACACUUAGAUACACUUUUCAGAUGUUGGCCAACUGAACAUAUUUCAGACUUGAUUGAUAUCGCAAAAAGGCUUUCCAAACUUGGUCUCAAUUCUGUCAAUUUACAGUUGGCUGGAGUUUUGGUUAAUCGUGGGCUGAGUGACUUAGUUUCUACUUUGUUGGAGAAUAACAAAAUAGUUCCGUUUACUUUCUUGGUUGGCAAUCCACGAAAUUCAUUGACGAAAUCUGAAUUUCUGCCUUCGGUGGAGUAUCUAAAAUCUGUUGAUUGUCAACAUAUUCCUGGUUUUGUGGAUCAUUGUCUCCGCAAUGCAGCUUUGUCGACAAACGUUGACAACUUAUACCAGUUAAUUCGUACAGUAGUAUCACCACCGUUCAAUAUGGAUCUUCUUCAAGUUUGUAUACAACCCACUCUCCAAGUUUUACAUCAUCGUUUGGAAGUGAGCGAAAAUUUACCAGAAGAUAUACUUCAAGCUACUCAACCAGUUGUUCAAAAAAUUAGUGCAUUAAAAGCAAAAGCUUCCAAUUGA